AUGGCCAGUGCCAGUACCAGAUAUAUGAUGUACCUUACUGGACAGCAUAAUGUCGUGCCGGACAAAUCCCUUGUAUCAGACAUCACACAUGUGGCUCUGGCUUUCAUGAGUCCCGCAACAUUCAAUCAAGUGAAACCGUCGUCAUGGCCUCUCUUCACCACGGUAGAGGCAGCUCGUUCACAGUUCUCGGAUGGAACGGCCAUCAUGGUAGCCAUUGGAGGCUGGGGCAAUACAGCAGGUUUCGACAUCGCGGCAGCCACCGAAAUUACUCGUAAGCUGUUCGCACAUAACGUGAAAUCAAUGGUGGAUGCCACUGGUGCAGAUGGUGUUGACAUCGAUUGGGAAUACCCGGGUGGAAACGGCGAAGAUUACAAGCAGAUCCCGAAUCCAGAGAAAGCCUGGGAGAUUGAAGCUUAUCCACUGUUGCUAUCGGAGAUUCGUUCUGCUCUGGGUCCCGAAAAGCUCAUUUCGGCUGCUGUACCGGGGCUCCCUAGAGAUAUGCUGGCCUUCACCAAGACCACGGUACCGGCAAUUAGCGCAUCGCUGGAUUUCUUCAAUGUCAUGACCUACGAUCUGAUGAACAGAAGAGACGACGUCACAAAACACCAUACCGGCAUCGAGCCAUCUCUGACCGCCAUCGAAACCUACGAAGAGAGAGGCAUCCCGUCGGAGAAGAUGAAUCUAGGUUUCGCAUUUUACAUCAAAUGGUACAAGACCGAUCCCCACGGAGGAUGCGACAAAAACCCGGUCGGCUGCAAGACCGCUCUGAUGGAAGACCCCUUCACAGGCGCCGACCUUGGCCAGGCGGGUGCCUUUUCAUGGCACGACCCUGUUCCUGAUGACGUGUCCGCCUCGUACGAAAGAGCCAUCGCACAUGGCAAGUACGACAGCGAAUAUGGCGGUCACUACUACUGGGAUCCGGAGGAAAACCUUUGGUGGAGCUGGGAUACGCCAGAUGCCAUCGCUAAAAAGUUCCCAGCCAUUAUGGAAAAGAAGGGUCUGGGCGGUGCGUUUGCUUGGGGUUUGGGUGAGGACGCUGAUGAUUUCACGCAUCUCAAUGCAUUGACAAUUGAGGUGAAAAGACUUGCGAGAGGGUAUCAAGAUGAAUUAUAA